UUUUCCUGUUUUCCAUCGUUUUUCCCCGUCGUGAGCAUCGUGCGUGCGUUCGUUUCGUGGAAAAAGUGGAUUUUUACCCUUGCGGGCUUAAAAUCAACCGCUCAACUCAAUUCAACGUGUUGCGAUAACACUUUGCUGUGUGAAUUACCCGCUGAAAAAGUCGCGUACAAACGUUCUCUCGAGUUUUUGCACCCGGAAAAGAAGCGAAGCAGACAACAAAAUGGUUGACAAAAUCGAAAUGAGCCUCGAUGAAAUCAUCAAAUCGCAAAAAUCGUCCCGCCCCCGUGGACCAGGAGGCCGAGGGGGACCCUCCCGACCUGCUGCAGGUCGACGCCCGGGAGGUGCCGGAACCGGUGGAUUCCGUUCCAGCCAACGAAAUGGAAGCGGUGGUGGUGGCGGCGGAGUCCUGAAAGGACGCAAUCGUGGCGGAAUUACCCGCGCACGCUACGGGCGGGGCGACGUGAACAGCGCAUGGAAGCACGAUAUGUAUGAGGGAGCGCGGGGCAAGAGCAGCCGUCUGCUGACGACGGCAGGAAUUGCCACUGGCGGACUUGGUGGCGGUAUUACCAAGCUGAUGGUUUCCAAUCUGGACUUUGGCGUCUCGGAAACUGACAUUAAUGAGCUGUUUGCGGAAUUCGGACCCCUUAAGAGUGCCUCUGUGCAUUACGAUCGUUCCGGACGUUCUCUGGGAACGGCCGAUGUCAUCUUUGAACGUAAAUCGGAUGCUAUCAAGGCGAUGAAGCAGUACAAUGGAGUGCCGCUUGAUGGGCGACCCAUGAGCAUUCAGCUGGCGACGUCGGAAAUUCCAUCGGCACGGCCACCACGUCCGGUGAUGUCUUCGGCGCCACCGGCGCGAUCAGCCCGUAAACCCGUCGGAUCACGGGUAGCAGGAAAACCACCAGCGGGACGUCGUCCAGGUGGUGGUGGUGGUCCGCGUGGACGGCAACCACGCGAGACAAAGACGGCCGAAGAGCUGGAUGCUGAACUAGACGCAUACACCAAAGAUAUGAAGUAAAAUUCUCUCGGAUAUAGUAGGCCAUCCACCGAUUCAGUCUCGUUCCCUGCACACGGCUUCUACUAAAUGUAUCUUAAAUGAAAGUUUCGUGAAUUACGAACACAAUGUGAGCUAGACGCGGACGCAGAGCGGCAAUUUUUCUUUUGACGGUGGAACGACGAACAGCAUUAUCAUUUCUCGUUCUGACCAGUACGCAGCCAGCAAUGUGUCGGGUCGCCGCGUCCCAUGGUACGCCCUGUUACGGGCAGUAUGUCAUAGUUUUAAUCGAAACGGUGGCUACUCGCCCCUCGAUACAGAGUGAGCCACCUUAUUACAAACUACUAUUAAUAUAACAAACAAAAAUGUAUAUAGAUCGUUAAAUACGAUAUGAUAACCGGAAAUCAACAAAACCUACGCGUCUACCUACCACUCCCGUCCCCUGUUCGCGUGACAGAUUGCGAAUCGACGGUCGCAAAAGAAAGACGGCGUUGUUGCCGUCGUCGGUUGGCGGAAAGACGCGUAAUUAGGCAUAAUUUAAGAAGCGGAUCGAGUAGCUCACGCGAAUAGAAGAGGUACAACACAUAACAACAACGAGAGCUCAGCAAAAUCCCCACUGGCUCGCGAUACAGCCUCCUUUUCUCUUUCUCUGACAUGUAAAUCCUAAUGCUUAGUUUAUAGCCUACUACUAUUGUAGCAGAAUACGUUAGGAGUGGGUGUCUACAGCCGGAACCUGCUGCGAUUAGAACAAUUAUUAUUUCUUUUUCUUUUCUUUUAUAACCUUCACUAAACAUGAUUGGCAAACGUGUGUUGGUUGAAGCGACUCGGAAUGGCGCUCAAAAAUGGAUUGCAUUUUACCUCACUACAAAUCGUCGUCGAUCAAGAGGUGGCAGAGAUGGAGAACUAGCUAACAGAAGGGAGAAACUAUUGCAGUGUGGAGCGUGAAUUAACGAAAUAAAUCAACGCAUCUCUUUAGUUUGUGUAAGUCAGCCAGCCAGAUUAGCACCGCAAACAGGUUGUAAGUAAAAAGAAAUCGGAAAAAGGAGCACGAGAAGUUCUGGAAGGGGGUUGAUAAAAAAAAGAACAAUAAAAUCGUUUUGGAUUUCUAGAA